AUGGUCGCGCCGGGCUCCGCUCUGAGUGACCUUUCACCCGCGUCCAGCGCUCCCGGGCGGCGGCACCAGGCGGAAGCCAUGGCGGAGGCGGCGGCCGCAAGCAGGCGCGGAGCGGGACGCGAGCUGACACGGGCGUGCGGAGAGCAUCCCGCGUCCCCAGAGUACCGGGUGACCUCGCGGAAGACAGACAGCGCGGGAGGGGAGGGGGGGGUCGGUCACGAUUUGAGGCACCGAACUGAGGACAGGGUUGACAAGACUCCCUUCUCGCAAGAAGUUAUGAAAUGGAAUGGAUGGGGAUAUAAUGAUUCUAAGUUCUUCGUCAAUAAGAAGGGCCAGGUUGAAUUAGCUGGGAAAAGGUACCCUCUUAGUGGCAUGGUUUUACCAUCUUUUAGAGAAUGGGUCCAGACUAACCUUGGAAUAUAUUGGGAACAUAGAACUACCUCUAAAGCAUCUUUGAAUCCUAGUGAUGCACCUCCAUCUAUUGUAAAUGAAGAUUUUCUUUAUGAACUUAAAGAAACCAAUAUUUCAUAUUCACAAGAGGCAGAUGACCGAGUAUUUAGAGCUCAUGGUCAUUGUCUUCAUGAAAUAUUUUUGCUCAGGGAAGGAAUGCUUCAACGAAUUCCUGAUAUAGUUGUAUGGCCAAAGUAUCUGAUGUUUAAAAAUCGAAUUCUGUGGGUAGAUGAGAACAAUCUGACAGCUCAUGUAGAGGCUGGCAUAACAGGACAAGAAUUAGAAAGACAGGUGGUUCAUAUGAAAGUGGUCACACCUAGAGGUAUAAUAGAAAAAAGCUGUCAAGGACCUCGUAUGUCAACAGGCCCUGAUAUCCAUCACUUCAUCAUGGGAUCUGAAGGAACUCUUGGUGUAAUAACAGAAGCUACAGUAAAAAUCAGACCAGUCCCUGAAUACCAAAAGUAUGGAUCAGUAGCGUUCCCUAAUUUUGAACAAGGAGUAGCUUGUUUAAGAGAAAUUGCAAAACAGAGAUGUGCUCCUGCAUCUAUUCGUCUCAUGGACAACCAGCAGUUUCAGUUUGGUCAUGCUCUUAAACCUCAAGUUUCCUCUAUUUUUACAUCAUUUUUGGAUGGGCUAAAAAAGUUUUAUAUUACAAAGUUUAAAGGAUUUGAUCCGAAUCAAAUAAGUGUCGCAACAUUACUGUUUGAAGGGGACCGUGAAAAGGUUCUUCAACAUGAGAAACAAGUAUAUGACAUUGCUGCAAAAUUUGGUGGAUUGGCAGCUGGAGAAGAUAAUGGGCAAAGAGGUUAUUUGCUGACCUAUGUCAUUGCAUAUAUUCGAGACUUGGGUUUGGAAUAUUACGUAGUAGGAGAGUCUUUUGAGACUUCUGCUCCUUGGGACAGAGUUGUAGAUCUUUGUAGAAAUGUAAAAGAAAGAAUAAGAAGGGAAUGCAAAGAGAAAGGUGUUCAGUUUGCACCUCUUUCUACAUGCAGGGUAACACAGACAUAUGAUGCAGGUGCAUGUAUCUACUUCUAUUUUGCCUUUAACUACAGAGGAAUUAGUGACCCACUGACGGUGUUUGAACAAACGGAGGCAGCUGCUAGAGAAGAAAUCCUUGCGAAUGGAGGGAGCCUGUCACAUCACCAUGGAGUGGGCAAGUUACGGAAGCAGUGGCUAAAGGAAAGCAUUUCUGAUGUCGGCUUUGGGAUGCUGAAAUCUGUCAAGGAAUAUGUGGACCCCAGUAACAUCUUUGGAAACAGAAACCUUUUAUAAGUCCAUUAACAUCAUUAUAAAAAAUAAUACUUUUUAUUUAAGUAUUCAUCUAUGGUUAUACCAGUAAUCAAAUAUAUCAUGGACUGUAUUCAGCUAUAUUUGUUUGUUAGUUUAAAAUGUUUGUGUUCGUUCUGUACUUUGUUUUGUUUCUACACGUAUGGGUUGACAGAUGGUAUUCCUCAAUCUCUGUCACUAUAGGUAUAUCAGCUUACAUCCAAUUGUUUGUUGUUGUAAAUUUUAGUCUGGCAGCCCAAGGCUGCAAGUUAUUUUAGAGAAAGGUGCUGCCAGCUGUCUUUUACUGAUGCUUCCUCUUGGAGUAGAAAGGCAGAUUUGGGUACCAUCUAUUGUUUUAGCCUUUUAUUAAAAAUGCACAUUACUAGGAAGCUGUUACCUAAGGAAAGAUUCCCCUGGGGAGUGAUCUAUGUAUGUUUUUAAGAACAUAUUCGACUGGGAGUAGACCACUGAGGGAGUACAUUCAUGAAUGAACAUAGGCAACCUAUUGGGAUGCCAUCAUCUGUAUGUUGCUUGGUUUACAGUUUUCUUUGAAAUUACAACAUAGUUACAAAACCUUAAAUCACCAGUAUGCAAAUUAUUCUAAGAGGACAUAUUUGUUCUCCAUGUUUCUGUUUGAGUUGUGUUUGUAUCACGGAUAUAUAUUCUAGAUUGUGUUUGGUGAGAAAAGCUGAUGUACCAUUCAUUGUAAGUGAAGAACAGGCUUCUGUGAAAUGAAGGCCUUUAUCCUCCCUAGCGUUCUGAUAUUUCUGCUGUUGCAUGCUUGUUGCUGUGCUGCAGAGGAAGCUGCAACAGGAGCAGAACAAAGAUCCUGACCCUAUGUGACAAGUUGAAAGAAUUUGUUUGGCUAAAGAAAGUCCUCAUUUGGCUCUUGAAUUUGAAAGCCUCAGCGAUUUCAAUGACGAAAGACCUUUUUUUUUUUUUAAAAAAAUAAAUAGCAUGAUAAAUUUUCAUAUAAAAGUAACAUUUCAGUUUUGUUCUUAAUAAAGGUUUAAUGCCUUGUAUGAAUUACUGGUUUAGCCUAAAUUUUAAAAAAUGUAUUAAUGCAUAUGCCAUAAUCAAAAGUUUAAAAUAUCCUGUUUCUUAAAUUAUAAAAACAUUAAUCACAUUUAGCAAACAUUUUUACAUUCAACCUGAUAUUUUAAAAAAAAGUGAAAUGAUUAAAUCACCAUCAAGCUUCAUGAUUCACAUUUGGAGAUGGAUUCUUUUCUUAAUGCAAUACCAAACUUUUGAUAAUUUUUUAAAAUUAAUAUUUAAUCAGAUAAUGUAUGUGAAAAUGCAGACGAUCCUUUAAAAGGACUCACUGUCUGUGUAUGUAGCAACAGCUCCAAAGUAUUUUUGGGCAGUUUGAUACCUUUUAUAUCUGAAAUAGCCUUAACCAGAAAAGUAAAAUUUGAAAUUGACAAAAUGUUAUUUUUAAGACUUCAAAAUGAUGAAUAAUUUUUAACUAUUAAAAUUGGCCACAAAUUAACAAAACUUAAACCUGUAGGCAAAUCAAAAUUAUUAGUUUAACAACAAAAACUGAAUAUUUACUUUUUAGAACUUGUGUCUCUUUGUUGGUGAUUUAGUUUGAAUUAUCAAAUUUCCAACCGAUAUUUGCUUAAUCCCUUGAUUGUUUGAAAUAGUUGGACACUUAAUAAAAAAAUGCCUCUGGAAUUGUAAGAUCUUCAGUUUCAUAAAAUGCAUCUGUUCAUUAAGGUGAUUUCUAAUUGGUGAUCAAAAUGUAAAAUUUACUAAGGUACUAAUAUCUCACUGAUUGUGUGUAUUAAUGUUACUAAAUAAUGUUUUAAUAAAACAGAUUUAUUAUUAGAUCCA